AGAGAGAUAGAUGUCUGCUGUCAACCCAUAGACAAGAAGGCAGCCAGUGAGCCAAAGGGCCAAAUAAAGAAGAGUCAGGACCAGGCUAGAUUGCAGCCCCUGUCCAACCCAGAGCAGGCCCUGACUAAGACUUUCAAKCUGCUCCACUCUGCCUCUGAUGACUGGUGAGCAUUCACUGUAGACAAGACCAAUGGAGCUAGGCUAAAGGAAGCACAGUGUAGUGUCCUUGGAAAUGUAGAUUUGAGCUACAGAGCGUAGAAACUUCUGAAAUUAAGAGACCAGAGUCCUAAUUGAUGAACAUCAUUUGGAAAAUGUUGUGGAAAUUGCUUACGUUUCUUUCACUGAAUUGCAGGGAGAAGAAGAUCGAGGGCUUGACCUCUCUCCGUGUGAUGGCUCAGAACCACAUGGACAUACUGAUGCCUAAACUCCAUGAUAUCUGCCUUGCCAUUAUAAAUGAGGUGAAGAACCUGCGCUCUGCAGUGUCCUGUGCUGCCAUGGCCACACUGGGUGACAUGUACGUCCACCUCCAAAGGGCCAUGGACAGUGAGGUGGAGGGGACGGCACGCGUGCUGCUGCACAAAGCCAGCGAGGCCAACACCUUCAUCCGGCAGGGCGCCAACUUUGCCCUGGGUCACAUGGUGCAGAGCUGCACCCCAACCCGUGUCAUGAAUGCCCUGCUGGUCGGUGGGCUGAGGUAAAGAGGGAGAGGGGUCAAUUAACACUCACUAAGGGGUAGAUCCAGAAUUCCACAAAUGUUCACUUUGUCUCACAUUGAAAGUUUGACUCGAGUGGAAGUUAGGAUUCAUUCCAAACAGCCCUGAUGUGACAAUGCAAUAGAUAAUUGAUAUGUAUUGAACUUUCUGGUGCAAAAUGGUCACUGCUCGCUUAGGUAUGCCACGCAUUAGAUGAGAUUCAACAAUAUUGUCAAUGAACAACCACAAGUACAGUACAACGAAAUGCAGUUAGCAUCUGACCAGAAGUUCAAAGAAAAGAGUGCAAAAAAUGUACAAGUAAAACAAUUAAGUACAAUAUAUGUUAUUAAAUGGGAUGUAUACAUGUGCAAUGAAGGCAAAUGGCAAGUCUAAAUGUGCAAUGAAGGCAAAUUGAAAGUGCAAGGAGGCAUGGCUAGUGCCGUGCCACAGAGUUCAGAAGGGUUACAGUAGCUGGAAAGAAACUGUUCUUGAGCCUGCUAGUGUGGAAAUGUAGAGACCUGUACUGCCUGCCUGAUGGUAGGAGGGCAAACCGUUUGUGGCAUGGAUGUGAAGGGUCCCUGAUGAUGCCGCUUGCGCUGGAGGUCUACGAUGGCAGGGAGCUGGGCACCAGUAAUGUGCUGGGUGGUUUUAACCACCCGUUGCAGGGCCUUCAGUGCCAUCAAUGAGAACUGGGGUGUGGCUGCAGCUUUUAGACUUCCUGUAAUCCACAAUGACCUCCUUGUUUUUCUUUGUAUUGAGGGCCAGGUUGUUGUCAGCGCAACAGCCUAUUGGGGAGAUUUGGUUGGGAGGCCCCCCCACCAAACUGGCCCCCAAAAAUGAUGGCACUCCUCUUGACGGUGGAGAGAAACAUGUGCAUAUUAAAGUUAAUUUCCUGUAAUUCGACACUAUAGUAAAUGGUGACCCGUGAUAUAUCUUACA